AUGAGCUUCACAUUCGGCCAGCAAGGCAACAACAACAACAACGGCGGCAGCAGCAACACACCAAACAAAUCGCUGUUUGGUGCCGCGCCUUCCACGGGCAGCGCGACGCCAUCCCUCUUCGGAACCGCGAACAGCAACACCUCGAGCACGCCGGCCAGCGGUGGCCUCUUUGGCUCUGCUGGCGCCAACACAGGCGGCUCAGGUGGUCUUUUCGGCGGCGCAUCGAGCACGCCUGCGUCCAAGCCUGGCGGUUUGUUCGGCGGAGGCGGAGCCACACCUGCCGCGUCCUCAACACCAGCUUUUGGCGGAGGCUUUGGUUUCGGCAAGAAGGAGGGCGAUGCGCCAAAACCAGCUGGAGGUCUGUUUGGAGGAGCGGCCACUGGCCCACCAACAACGUCUUCUGCGCCCUCAUUUGGAUUUGGUAACGCGGGUGGUUCGACAUCAACAGCUACGCCUGCAACGAACAAGACGUCGCUCCUUCCUUCCACUACCCCAGCUGGUGCCCCUCCGGGUGGAAGCCUGUUUGGACAGAACACCCAGGCUAGUGGAGGCACAUCCUCUUUGUUCGGCGGCGCAAAGCCAGCAGCUCCAGCAGCAACCACAUCGUCCUCCACACCUAGCCUGUUCGGCGCUACCCCCGCUGCAAAGCCCUCGGGCGGCUUCAGCUUAGGAGGAAACACCGGCACCUCGACCGACGCGAACAAGUCCGCGGCUUCUGCCAGCAACCUUUUUGGAGGCGGAAAUCAGUCGACCCCUACUUCUCAAGACACACAGGCUUCUAAGCCUGCGGGUGGCCUCUUUGGUGGACUGGGCAGCACAACCCCCUCCUCGACACCCGCGAAACCUCUAGGAGGGUUCAGUGUGGGUGCCACACCUGCACAGCCAGCUUCCUCGCAGGCUUCUUCUACUCCAGCCUCGGGCUUGAGCCUAGGCGGAAACAACACUGCGUCGUCUGCUUCUGCCACACCUAGUCUGUUCUCGCCUGCAGGAGCUUCCACACCAGCAUCUACGGGUGGUGGUUUCAGCUUUGCUAAACCUGCUGCUCCUGCCAGCACGGCUGCAACUACCGGGGCUACAACCACUGCCACAAGCGGUGCACCCACCACAACCGCAUCAUCGAGCUCGUCUUUGUUCCCCAGCAUCGGAGGUGGGCUGGGAGGCGGGAGUGCUUCGUCCGCUGCUCCCGCGACUGCCGCCACCACCACUUCUGGCACCACACCCAGUUUAUUUAACAAGCCUGCAGCAAGUGAAGCACCAGCAGCAUCGUCUAACACUGCUUCGCAACCAACUCCUUCCCUCGGGGCCACGACCGGAAACAAUGCUGCCCAAAGCGGACUUGCUGCGUCAACCGCCGGGCCUGCACCAUCGGCUCAAUCACGAUUGAAGAACAAGUCUAUGGACGAGAUCAUCACACGCUGGGCAGCUGACCUCUCCAAGUACCAGAAAGAAUUCCAAUCACAGGCUGAGACAGUCGCCUCAUGGGAUAGGGCCUUGGUUGAGAAUUCCGAUAAAGUCCGACAACUGUACUCGAAGACUUUCCAAGCUGAGCGUGACGCUGCUGAAGUCGAGAGGCAGCUGACGAUGAUGGAGGAGAACCAGCAGGAGCUCGAUUCGUACCUAGAUCGAUACGAGAAGGAAAUUGACAAUCUCAUGAAGAUGCACGGCGUCAGUGGCAAGAACGAGACCCUACGCGGCCCCGACCAGGAGCGCGAGAGGACUUACAAGCUUGCCGAGAAGCUUCAAGACCGCCUCAAUGAGCUCAACAAGGAUCUCACAGAGAUGAUUGAGGAGAUUAACAAUACCUCGCAGACGCUCAGCAAGACAGGCAAGCCAGACGAUCCUCUUACCAAGGUCGUUCGUGUUCUCAACACCCAGCUUGCACAGCUUCAACUCAUCGAUUCCGGUGCUUCGCAGCUUCAGGAGAAGAUUACCAAGGCGCAGCGGGAGACACAACGUGUUGGUGCCAACGGCUGGAACGGACUUGGCUCGGAUCCUUCAGCCGAUUUCAUGAACAGCAUGCGUGGGGCGAGGGCUUCGCAAAGAUUUUAA